AUGUUAGCGCAAAUGAAGAUUGAACCGGCACUGAGAUUAGAGGGAAAGCGAACGAAGGAGCUGAUGUCAUCUUCAAGUCUUUCCGGGAUGUCUCAAAUGUCAAACAGCAGCGAGGAAACGUUGGAGCCCUUUAUCCACGAGACGUCCCACAACAACAAGUCGGACACCAGUGAAAGUGCGCCUAAAGAUAAUAGUGCUAGAGGUAAUGAAUGGCUAGUUAAUGGACCAACUGGCAGUAAAUGGCCUAUACUCCGACUCAAGUGUUCUGCGCUGUCAACUCCGCCAGAGGAUCCACCUGCUAAGCAAUUACACAUGACUUAUAAGAUUAUUCAAGCAGAUACAAAACUAAUAAGUCUUCUACUCCAAUCACACGGUCUAACGGAAGUAUCCGUCAAUGAUACAGACUUCAACCUCUUGUGGAUGGGCAGUCAUCCGAAGCCGGACGUAUUGAGAAACUUGGCGCCAUUCCAGAAGGUUAAUCACUUCCCGAGGUCUUAUGAAAUAACACGAAAGGAUCGAUUGUACAAAAAUAUUGAAGCGAUGCAAAGAAGCAAAGGGUUGAGGAAUCUCGAUUUCAUACCUCAGACAUUUCUCCUGCCCAGUGAGUACAGAGAAUUAUUAACAGCGCACUUCAGAUACCGCGGUCCAUGGAUUGUUAAACCCAAAGCCAGUUCUCGGGGUCGUGGUAUCUACAUAGUUAACAGUCCGGAAAAAAUAUUUACGGAAGAAUCAGUUAUUGUGGCGCAGUAUAUAAAUAAUCCACUUCUAGUCGACGGCCACAAGUGUGAUUUACGUUUGUACAUUGCUGUAACAAAUUACGAUCCUCUGUUGAUUUAUUUGUAUGAGGAAGGACUAGUGAGAUUUGCAACAGUUAAGUACGAGGGAGGAAAUCAGUACGUUUGGAAUCCAUGUAUGCAUUUAUGUAAUUACAGUAUAAAUAAAUUUCACGUUGAUUAUAUAAAAAGUGAAGAUCCUGAUGCUGAAGACGUCGGGCACAAGUGGACACUGUCAGCUCUAUUGAGACACUUGAGAUCAAUGGGACAAGAUACUGAGUUACUUAUGCAACGUAUUGAAGAUAUUAUUAUUAAAUCGAUACUAGCCACUGCGUCGGGUAUUGUCAGUGGUAUUAAACAAUUCGUUAAACAUCCAGACACGUGCUUUGAAUUGUUUGGCUUUGAUAUACUAAUUGAUGACACGUUGAAACCCUGGUUACUUGAAGUUAAUUUAACGCCAUCAUUAGGCUGUGAUUCCCCACUAGAUGUUAGGCUUAAAUCAGCACUAAUGGCUGAUCUGUUAACACUCGUUGGUAUUCCAGCAGUCGAUCCUAUUUUACGUCCGCAAAAUACGCAACAGAAUCGAUCACUUGGCAACGCUACCAAGCGAUUAGCCAGUUACAGGCGAGUACAUUCUGCAGAGACAUUGGCGCAGAAAAAAAAAACUACCAAGCCGUCAAACCGUUCAAAUCUCACGUCAGAGCAGUUGAGAAUUGUCGCCUCUGCUAAAGCGCAGUUUGAACGUAGAGGGGGAUUCGUACGUAUUUUUCCUAGUCCAAAGUCAUGGGAAAUGUAUUCGCAAUAUCUAGAUCCAACGACUGGGAUUCCCGUGGUCUCAGAUCCUCUAGGACCCAGCAGAGUCCCACAGCAGGUCAAUACAAAUCACAAUCUCAUGCUACAUGAACAAUUAUUUCCAGCUGCUAGUCGUACAUCCGGUUUCUCUGUCCCAGAAGUAACACUGGAUCGACUGUCUAGGUAUGAAAGAUAUGAGCGAGCAUUAGUCAAAGGACAUAAGCAGAGUUUAGAUCGUGGCGAUAGCAAGGAGAAUAUUGAUGUUGACACGCAUAAGUACAAGGAUCAAGUAACUCAAAUGAUGCAAGAGGGUAAUAAGCUUAGUCCCGGUGAGGCUCGAAAGGCCUUCGGCUUGUAUUUGGGAUAUAUUCUUCGUAAAAUUUCGCAAGCGACUGCAGAUUCUGUAUCCUGUGACCUCGUGAUGAAGUUUCUGCAGCAAUCUUCGAGUAAUUUACGCACGCCUUUUGUAUUUACAUUACCGAGCAACAAAUUGAGUGACAAAGAUCGAGCAGCAAUAACAGCAAAGCAGUUAUCAGAUUUUUUGCACCUCUACAAUCGGGAAACAGAUUUAUACGCUGACACCGUUGAUCGACCGCGUACUGUCCCGAACCGAUUGUUUCAAAAAUUUCUCGCCUCUGCCAGCGAAGAAGAUCUUGAUGACGUGCUGAUACUUCAAACACGCCUCUACAAUUGUGCCCACAGUUUUCUCGGUCGGAGUGGGUUUGCGGGUAAUUUACGAGGAAACAACCUCUUAGGAUCGCUACCACAGAUUACAUCCAGAGUGCACUCUAAUGCCGCGUCAUUUGAGCAAUGCAAGUGCACUCAACCUAAUAGACCAAGUAAAGCUCCAAGAACGUGAACGAUUAUUUAUAAAAUAUUAUAUAUAUAUAUAUAUUAACCAUCCACUAUUGUCAAAUUUAUUUUAUAGCAUAGAUAUUUUCGCGACGUGAGUUGCGGGAAAAAAAUCAUUUGGCAAUCCGAUUGUCAGCCGUCCUUUAGGCGAUAGAUAAUUUAACUUAUUAAUCCUCGUCAUCAAUGACGUCGAGGUAAAUCGAUACACUUACGAGCGGCCUAAGUCGUUCCUCAAUAAUGGAGAAACAUCGACAAUCGUGCUAAUUACCAUAAUCAUUUCAUUACAUUACUUAAUUAUAUUACUUACGUGAUGCAAUUAUUAGAUCUGAGAUUUUUUAAGUCAUUUUUUUAUGAUAUUGUUUUUUUUUUUUUUUCAUUGGUUGAUUUUUCUGAUGGUGCUAGUCCGGUUAGUCUAAAAAUGAACUCGUUGUUAUUUUUAUUUCUAAGCGUUCGAAUUUAACGUGCAUUAAAUUUAAAAGCACAUGCACAAAAAAUAUCGCUUGUCAUAAAAUUUAUUAUUAUUUUAAUUUAUUGAACGUGCGGCUGCUUAUUUUUUGGCAUCUUUGAUUGUUUAAAUAUUUAUAGUGAUGAUAAUGAUGAUAGUUGAUAUAUUAUUUUCAUAUAUUACUUACAAUAAUGUCUAUGAAUAUUUAAUCGAGUAUGUCUCUUUUUUACAUCUAGUCAAAGAUAAAUAAUCUUAAAUAAUUAUUACGUACGUUUGGACAAUUAAAAGUUGUUGGGUAUUUUGAAAAUAUUUUUCGAGCAGGCUCAGUUAUUUUAUUAAUAAAUAUAAUGCAUUUCUCUUAUAGAUUAUAUAAUAAUAUGAUAAUAAAUGAAUGCCAGUUGAUAUUUUUCGAAUACAAUAUUUAUAAAUGCACAAAAUUGUAUGAAAAAUUGAGCUAUUUGAUGAGAAAAUGUGUGUGGAGAUGAAUAAACUAGUAUUUUAUUUGUUCCGCGGAUUAUUUUUAUAAAAAUUGUCCCUGCAAGAGAGUGUAUUUAGUGUAUUUUAAGUUUUUACCCCCACUCUGGAUCAUCUAGAUAUUAAAUAUCUGUUUUCAGUUCUCUACGCAUGCGCAGAUUUCGAAUAAUCGGGAGUAGGGGUGACCUGAAGUUCAUUCUCUUUCUGGGACAAGUCGAGAACAAUAAAGUCUAUGUAAUACUUGAGGGAACAAUUGCGAUUAUAAAUUUACUUGUUUAUUAUGAUUACAUUUUUUACUUUGUAUUCAAGAAUUGAAGUCGCCUGCAUGUUAAUUAAAAAAUUAUUUUAUCAUUAAAGUUCAUUGUUAUUUAAGUGCAUGAGCUGUGAUAAAAAAAAUUGCGAAUUAUUUUUCAUUUCUUUUAUUUAAAUUUUGAUUGCACUGACACAGAAAGUGUUUUAUUUAAUUUAUAGUAUGAAUAUUUGUUAUAUUAACACGUAAAAAUAUUUUAUUAUUUAAUUUUAAAAAUUAUAUUUUAUUUAUUAGUUUAAUUAUGUUUUUAUAAUUUAUAUUUAUUAAGUAAUUAUUGUGUUGAUAUUAUUUUUUUUUCAAUGUAUGUUCGAUUGAAAGUCUGCACAAUCUGAUAAAAUUUAUGGAACAAAUGCUUUGAGUGAUUAUUAUAUUAGUAAAUAAAAUGAUAAAAAAAAUGUAUGGGAUGUGAUGGUGUUUUGAUAACAUGUCCACGCUUUGUAUUUUAAUUAAUAAUUAUAAUUGAAUAAUAACUUAAUUGAUUGAUAAUUUUAAAAAGAGAAGAGUUAUUGAUCAUCAACGAAAAAAAUUAAAUACGGCUCAAAUGUAAUUAGAAGAAGAAUAAAAAAAAAUCUUACUGCCUUUAAGUGAUGCCACGAAAAGUUGAAUUAAUGUUCAGUUUGUAAAAUUAUUUAUGGUGAAUAAUUUAAUUAAUGUUGGUAGAAAACUGAUAGUAAUAUUUAUGUGUCAAUAAAAAAUAAUUGUCAAUCGAAAUAAUAAUUAUAAUAUUUGAGUAAUAAUAAGUUUAUUAUUUAUAUUGGUGUCUUAAAUAUUGCAAUUAAAAUAUAUAUAUUUAUUGACGCAAUCAAUUAUUGCCCAUGAGAAUUACGAAAACUUGAAAUUGAAAUUUGGUUGAGAAUAAAUGAAUUUUUAGGAAGAACUUUGAAAAUAAAAGUUGAUAUACUUUCAUAAAUAUGUAAUAAAACGAUUCCUAGUCAACUUUUCUCUUUAUAAAUAAUAAUUGACUUAUUAAAAUUUCAAUAAAUGCGAUAUUAAAUAUUUUUCCAUAGAAAAUCAUGCGUAUAUUUAAUGAAUAUUAUAAAUU